AUGUUGGGACAUUUUCAGCGCGAUGUGCGUGGUGGAAGUUCCUCCCGACGCAAACUUCCGCGCUCUGUUGUCGGUGAGCGCUCUGAGGAGGGUAGCGGUACGUCGAAGGACCCUUUUGUACUUUCCCUGCGUGAGACCCCGAAUAGGAGUGGAUGUUACCACUGCAUUGAGGAUUGCUGCGAAUGCCUCUGGAUAACGGAGCUGUUGGCAGUUUGUUAUGGGUCUUUGCCAACAAGAAGGCAAGUGAUGACGUAUCGGAAGAGGGAGUGGUGCGCCAAGUCUAUUCUUCCUCCGUUUGUUGCCCGAAUCGUGAGAGUUGCGAAGAUCUCCUCGCACGACACGUUCUACGAUUUGGGCUGUGGAAAUGGAAGUGUUCUCUU